UCUCACAUCAAAAACUGAUCACUGUUAUGAACUGAGGUUCUCUAAACCUUUAUUCACAACUAUAUAAGCAAAGAAGACAGACGAAAACAGAGAAAACAACCCAAUGUCAGUUGAAGCUUUAUUUGAAAAAGAGAAGAAGCAGCAGCAGCCCAACCUCUUCUUAUCACUCCAACUCAAAAACUUGAAACUUGGUUACCACUACUUGCUCUCCAAUGCCAUGUUUCUCUUGCUCAUACCAUUUCUUGGCAUGAUUCUGGCUCAUUUUUCAACGUUCACUGUUGAAAAUCUCACUGAGCUAUGGAACUAUCUCAGGUUCAAUUUUAAUAUACUAGUUGCAUGCUCAAGUUUUAUACUUUUUAUAAUCACUCUAUAUUUCACGAGCAAGCCAAGAAAAGUUUACUUAGUUGAUUAUGCUUGUUACAAGCCAAAACCAUCUCAUAAGUGCACCAGAGAGCAUUACAUGAAGUUAUCUGCAGGUACCCAUGUGUUCACAGAGCAAAGUUUAGAUUUUCUAAGGAAAAUUCUGGAGAGAUCUGGGUUUGGUCAGACCACAUAUGGACCCAACGGUUUAAUGCGACUCCCUCAGGACCAGUCCUUGGCGGAGUCAAGAAGGGAGACAGAAAUGGUAAUAUUUGGAGCAGUUGAUGAGCUCUUGGCCAAAACUGGGGUGAAACCUAUAGAUAUUGGAAUACUCGUAGUGAAUAGCAGCUUGUUCAACCCUCAGCCCUCUCUCUCGGCCAUGAUUGUUAAUCGUUAUAAAUUAAGAGGCAAUAUUUUGAGCUACAGUCUUGCUGGAAUGGGUUGCAGUGCUGGACUAAUUUCUAUAAACCUCGCCAAAGAUCUUUUACAGGUUCACCCAGACUCUUAUGCUUUGGUGGUUAGUACAGAAAAUAUCACUCGCAAUUGGUAUUGUGGCAAUGAACGCUCAAUGCUUGUUACAAACUGCCUAUUCCGCAUAGGAGCCGCUGCAAUUCUUCUCUCCAAUCGAUCAUCUGAUCGUCGACAUUCUAAGUAUCAGCUCAUGCAUAGCAUACGCACUCAUAAGGGUGCUGAUGAUAAGUCCUACAACUGUAUAAUGCAACAAGAAGAUGAGAACUUAGAGGUUGGAGUCUCAUUAUCAAAAGAACUCAUGGUGGUUGCCGAAGGUGCCCUUAAAGCAAAUAUCACCAGACUUGGACCAUUAGUUCUUCCAUUCUCCGAACAACUAUUAUUUCUUGCAAAUUUAAUAAUGAAAAAGAUUUUCAAAAUGAAAAUAAAAUCAUAUGUUCCAGAUUUUAAGUUGGCGUUUGAACACUUCUGUAUUCAUGCUGGAGGAAGAGGUAUUUUAGAUGAGUUAGAGAAAAACCUUGGUCUCUCAGAAUGGCACAUGGAGCCUUCAAGAAUGACUCUCUAUAGGUUUGGAAACACUUCAAGUAGUUCAUUAUGGUAUGAAUUGGCUUACUCAGAAGCCAAAGGAAGGAUCAAGAAGGGUGACAGGGUGUGGCAAUUAGGUUUUGGUUCAGGAUUCAAGUGCAACAGUGUUGUGUGGCAUGCUUUAAAGUCUAUCAAUCCAGCCAAAGAGAAGAACCCUUGGAUGGAUGAAAUUAAUGAUUUUCCUGUUCAACUACCUAAAGUCACACCCAUAAUCUAUUAAACUUUUAUUUCUCUUAUGUAUUUUAUAGCUAAAUAAUCAAAAGCUGCCUCCUUUUCGUUUUAAUUUUAGUGUCCUUGUAAUAGUAAUAUAAAAUAUAAUAAUGAAAAUCAUACUUGUUUUAAAUAA